UUCUUCCUUGAAACCACCAUAUUCAUCUCUUCUAAAAACCCAAAUUCUUCCAUUAACACCCCAAAACACCAAUUCCUCCAUUAAAACAACCUUCACCAACACCAAAUCAAACUUCUUUUUCUCAAACAACCACCAAAUCCCUCAAAUCCGCAUAACCCACCAUUAACAAAUACCUUCAACCUCUAUUAAUCACAACAAUCUUCAUCUCCUACACUCACCAACCCCCAAUUUCGAAAUUCAAAUUUUCACCCUAACCCAUCUUAAAGAAUUUCGAAAAUUCACAUAUCCAACACCAUAUAAACCCUUUUCUUCAUAUUUCAAAUCAAAACCCCAUUCAAACACCAACCCAAAACCUCAACCAAACAUCAUCUCUUUCAAACUUCCAAAACCCAUCUCUCACAUUCAAACACCAACCUACCCACACCAUUCAACAACCCCAUCUCCAAAUUAAACUUUCUCUUCAUAAAUUUCACCCAAUUCUCUCAAAUUCUUUGAACCCACUUUUACCAAUUCUCUCAAACCCUUAAACCAAAAAAACCUUCACCUUCACCAAACCACCUUCAAGAAUCACGAAAUUUCACCACCACACCCCACCCUCACUUUGAAAGUUUAUUGAAAAAAAAUCAUGGUAAGAGGAAAGAAAAAGGCUACAUCUCCUCUGGUAGAGAAACGGGCGAAAAAGCAAAAGAAUGCAAAGGGAGCAAAGUCAAAGGAAGGGCCAAGAAGUACAGCUGUAACUUCACAUUGGCAGUCACCACAUCUAUUACCACCGGUUUUACUUGAUCAACCGAUACCACUGGAACAGAGGUUUGUGUCAGAGGCCGCAUUCAAAAGGUAUGAACUGCUGAGUACUUUUAAUUUUCAGAAAGAAAAAGGAUUGUCUGUGGAAUUGUUGAAAGUUGUGCCUGAGAUUAAUCAUGAAUUAAGGAGAAGGAAGUGGGAAAAGUUUAAUCAGAUAUUGAUGAAGGUCGAGGGUAAACAGGGUAAUGCAUCUUUGGCUAGGGAAUUCCUUGCUAAUGCUUACGCUGAGAGAGAAUUACCUAGAAUUCCGGUGAGAGGGAAACAGGUACCUUGGUCUCCGGCCGCAUUAAACAAGUUAUUGGGCACAAAAAAUCUGGAUUCGUGUCCUCUUGUUGAAAAGCGAGAGGGGUUGAAGACUGCUUCUGAGGCUGAGAAAGAGGAGGUUAAGAAUGCUGUGUGUCGGCAGGGUACACCAUGGUUCAAUAGUGACAAAUCGACAAAGAUGCUAUUGUCAAAUUUUAAACCUGUAGCACACGCGUGGGCCGAGUUUUUUGUUAAAUCAAUAGAGGCAACUUCUAAUUCUUCAGAGUACCAACUUCGAAAUGCAGCAACGGUACAAAUGAUCAUUGAGGGUGAAGAUCUUGACCUUGGACAACUUCUCCAUCGCAGCCUACACUACAAGGCCUGUAGCAAAGAAAGGAUCAUUACUCUAGGCCACUGCAAUCUGAUUACAGCAAUGUGUGAUGCUGAGCAUGUUCCGCAUUAUGCUAGUGAUGAAAAGUUGCAGGCGAUUAAGGCCCUCACAGUUGGUCAAUAUAGAGACUAUGGCAAGAAGAGAAGUCACACAGUUGAAGCAGAUGGUGAUGACAAUGAGGGUGACUCAGCAGAUGAGAUGAACCAAUUGGAAGAUGGUACUCAUUUACAGCAGCAGCAACCGCAGCCUCACCAUGACGAUGAUGACAUUGCAGCCUUGUCGACACAGUUGGCUAUUGCAGUGAAGAGUCGACGCGAUAUCAGGCAGCCAAGGCGCGACUAGCUUCAUUCCAGCAUCUUCCAACGUAUCCGACAUAUCCUACUCGGGAAAGUUUGAUAGCAUAUCAUGGGAUUGAGACUGCUCAGCUUGUUGCUCGCCAGGAGGCGCGAUUGGUGGACUAGGACACAAGGUAUAAUGCACAUCUGCAGCACCAAGUUGUCAGUGAGGAAGAACUGGGAAUUGAACAUAAUGGGCAAGGAGUGCCUUCGCAAAUGGACCCAGGCGGGUCAUCGCAGUCUUAGCUACUUUGAUGUCGGUUGGUAUCACUUCCUUUAAGCUUGAAUUUAAUUUUGCUUUUGAUGAAUGUUUUUGGCUGUUUGAAAACUUGUGCACUGUUUGAAUUGUCUUGUUUGAAUGUCAUUGAAAGUUAUCUAGUUUACCAUCAUAAUACAUGAAUGUGUGAUUCUCUUGUUUGAUUGCUUGUUAUAUUUGAUGAUAGUUAGAAAAGUUGAGGAAGUUUUUCAAACAUUGACCGAUCGAUAAUCCGGUCUAGCCGUGAGAUUUCGAGCACAAACACAUAAAUUUUCUUGUCAUGAGAGAUUCCACAACUUAGCUAAUUCUCUAGAACUUGCUUAUGUUCUUUUAAUUGAUUGCUUGCUUUGAAUUAAACACCGAGGCAUGUUGUUUGUACCUUGAGCCUUAUUGAAGCCACCAUUUUUUUUAUGUUAUAUCCUUCGUUAACCCCUUUGAGCCGAAAGAAAAAUGUUCUCUGUUGAUAAUCCAAGUAAAAAAAAAAAUUAUAAAAAAAAGAAGAUGUUUUUCUUGGAGUUAGAUCACUUAACUUAUGAGUAGAGCACAUUGCUCAUCAUUAAGUUUGAGGUUGCUUUUGGUAUUUGCCACUGAUUAAGUUUGGGGUGGGAUACUAGAGAAUUUCUCAUAUGAAAAAAAAAAAAAUAAAUAGGGAGAGGCAUUACCUUGUGACAAAUGGUGUAAUAAAAAAAAAAGAAACAAAAACAAAACACCAAAUAAAAAAAAAUGCUAAUGAACCUCGCUGCGAAAAAAAAAUAGUUUGACAAAUAAAUUCUCUAGUAUGAUUAUGCUUGAAUUUUGGGGGGGUGUUUGAACAAUCCAAUUCUUUGUGAAAUAAGUGAUCUUAAAACUCGCAAGUUUUUUCAGCUUACCAUCCAAAAAAAUAUCCACCCUAAAACCUUAGCCCCGUUAUAACCCUCAAGUCCUCUAAAGGUGUGAAUUCUUAUGCAUGUCGAUCGAUUGUUAGAAUGUUUGCAAGCUUAUGGUAGAAUGGCUAUGUGUGUGUUGAUUGAGUGAAUAUACCAAUUUAAACAGGAGAGAAUGUGAGGGAGUGAAGUGAUUAUGGUUUGGUCAAUAUUUGUGAAAAGUUCUUGAUUUUUCGGUAUUAAUCUGUGUGCAAGUAAAUUCAUGAUAGGGAUGAUCAUUGAAAUGUUAAUUGUGAUGUUCUAACUUGAAUGAUUUUGAUGGCUUUGAAUUAGACUAUUUGAUAGUGCCAGGUUUUCCGAUGGAUGAAGAUAUUCCUUGAGGACAAGGAAAAGUUCAAGUUUGGGGUUGUGAUGACUUCGUGUCAUUUCUAUGUUCUUUUAAGCAAAUGCAAGCAAACAAGUAGUUUUUACCAUAUUUUAGUACAAUAAUACAAGGAAUUACAUUGAGUUUUAAUGUUUCUCGGAUUGGAAGAAAGGAAUCAAAUUUGGUGUUAUUGCUGUCAACGAAGCCUGGCUCAGGAAAACCAAGCCUGGCUCAGAAAAAUUUUAUUUUUCUGUCUGAGCCACUGCAAUCUGCGCCCAGCUUGGGCAGAGCCAAGCCUGGCUUGGCACGAAUUCUGCACUAUAAAUUGGAAACAGUUUCUCAUUUUAGGGUUACGAAAUAUUGGAUCAAGAACUGAUUUUUGACGGCUAUUUCAGAGGAUCAAAGAGGCAUUCAAGCAAGGAUUCAAGGGUGGAAACACAUCUAAUCCCUUCUUGUAAUGAUGAUUUCUUUCACUCAUGUUAAUGUAAUUUCUUAUUUGAACAUGUUUGGCUAAAUCUUUAUGAUUGAUCCUUAGGAGAUUCUAAUUACUUUUGAUCUUGAACAAUGUGAUUGUCAUUUGAUAUGAUAAAUGAAUUACGAAGUUAGUUUCUA